CCCACCUUAAAAUACACGCGUGUUUCACGUUCGCAAGCAUGGCUUCUUCGGCUAAGAGGAGAGCGGUGGGUUUGGGUGAAAAUCCCGAAGAAAGCGAGAACAGCUCGGAUGAGAACCCAGAGGAUGAUGACGGAUCUGCGGAGGAGGACAGCGAUGAAGAAAUCAAUGAGGUGGUUAUGGUGGAUUUCGAGGCUCACGCCAUUGCACCGAGUGAUUACAACGGCAUAAAGAAGCUGUUGCAGCAGCUCUUCCUGAAGUCUUGUGUAGAUAUAUCAGAGAUGACUGACGUCAUUAUCCAGCAGAACCACCUUGGAAGCGUCAUCAAGCAAGCUGAAGUACCAGAAGACAGCGAUGAUGACGAUCCAGAUGAAGUGUUCGGCUUCAUCUCUAUGCUCAACCUUACAGAGAGAAAGGGAGUGCAGUGCGUGGAGGAUGUCAAGGAGAUGAUUGUGGACCAGUGUGAGAAGAACGCUCCUCACAGCGUAACUGAACAGCUUGAGAAGAUCCUCGGCGACACGAGCAAGCCCGUGGGUCUGCUGCUGAGCGAGCGCUUCAUCAACGUGCCUCCGCAGAUUGCCCUUCCUCUGCAUAAGCAGCUACAGGAAGAGAUGGCUGAAGCCCAGAGGACAAAUAAACCCAGCGGGAUGUGUCAUUACUGCCUGAUGAUCAGCAAGACCUGCAAAGAGGCAACCAAAAGCAUCCCAGCCAGAGGAGGGGCUCCAAAAGAGGAGUACAUGUUCGUUAACGCAGAGGAGGAAUUCUUUCACGAGCAAGCCAUCAUAAAGUUCCACUACUCGGUCCAAGAGGAUGCAGAUUCCUGUCUGAGUGGCAGGUGGUCGUUCGACGACGUUCCCAUGAAGCCUUUCAGGACGGUGAUGGUGAUACCCAUGGACAGAAUGCCUACCAUAAUGGAAAAGCUGAAGGAAUACCUGACCGUGUGAACCGAGAAGCUCUUUAAAGACCUGCAGAUUCAUGCAAAUGAUGCAACGGCUGUGUGUUGUUUUUUUUUUUUUUUGCCUAAAAUAUCAGAUACCGUUGUCAGCGGGUUUCCUUUUUAUGACGGUUUAUUUUGUGGUUAAAUAAGGCAUUAGAAAUUAAAAGACUCUUUAAUUUGUCAGCAUGAUUUGAUUUACUGUACAUCAACAAGAACUAUUUUUAGCACACUGCAAAUAAGUUGUUUGAGCCCAGUUAAGUGCUAAAUCUAACCAUUUCAUACUGAAAUCCUGUUUUGUCCUCUUAAACAGCUUACAAAACAGCUUCUUGAUUACAUCCUGCAAAAAAAGGCAUAUUUAAAGAAGCUCAUUCUUGAACAUCCCAUUUCAAUUUCCAAGGCUAAAUCUGAUGAUUGUAAAUAAAUAAAUAAA